UAUACCACUCCCCCCAAAGUCCAAACCCUCCAAACCCUAGAGAGAGGGAGAAGGCGGCAAUGGCGGAGAGCUCGGAGCUCCGGCGGCAAAAGGUUCAGAAAUUCGAGGACUUCGUCGAAGGAAGGCUGAAGCCCGACCUCGUCAACGCCAUUGCUCAACGGGACAAGGUGUUCGAACAGCAGAAGAUUUUCUCGGAUUUGAAGAGGAACAUUCAGGUUUUGGAGAAGUCUGGAGCGACGUCGCUCCGGACAAGAGUCAAUCUUGGCUCUGAAGUUUAUGUGCAGGCGGAUGUGCCUGAUACAAGACGUGUAUUUGUUGAUAUUGGUUUGGGCUUUCAUGUAGAAUUUACUUGGUCAGAAGCACUGGAUUUCAUAUCAGUCAGGGAAGCCAGAUUGACAAGACAAGUAGAGGAGUACACGCAUCUAAUUGCAAACAUCAAAGCCCAAAUAAAGUUGGUAUUGGAAGGCAUCCGAGAGUUGCUACAACUGCCAACAGAGUAAUGUUUGUAAAUAUCUAUUCAUGCAAAUGGAGGAUGAGUGAAGUCUCCACUUUUGCAGUAUGCUAUGAAUCAUGGUUGGUGUGCUUUUACACAGAAGUCAUUACCUCAGCGUUUGACAUGCCAUUUGUAUAUUGAGAUGCGCGUUUGUGUACCUUAAUAUCUUUGUCCUGGUUGGUUUAAAAGUUUUAAGCAAUCAAUUUCUUAGAAUUGAAAUUUGAAGCUCAAGAAGCUGUGAAGUUGUCUGUUUGCCUAACUUUGUCAGGAAGGCAUAUGAAUGUCCUUUCAUUAUGUUGUCAGAUUUAUGUUUUGACACAACUGUCAGAACAACAGGAUUUAUUGUACUUUUUUGGAUUCUCUUAUUUUUUUAUUACUAUAAUUAUUAUUUCUGAUAUGGGUUGUUUCAA